AUGCCCACCGCCCUCGCCGUCGCCCAGGGCGUAUUUGCCCCUAUCUCGGUGGACCACACUGCUUUUGCCCCAUUUACAGUUCCUAUGGGCGUCCCACUGACCAGGAAGAAGAGUAGAGUCCACUUUUGGGAUUCAUACUUCAAGAUCUAUACUGGCCUGGACCACGGAGACAAUGGUAUAGGUGAUUCUGGCGGCGAUCUCCCCGACAUCCAGAUGUUCGACUAUUAUGGCCAAUGGCUCGGAGGGCAUGCAGACCCAGCACUAGGACAUGUAUCGGCGACAAGGAAUGGAUGGGCUCAUGGUACUCCAAACUGCCUCUGGAUCGACAGAGACGGUGGCCAGCCUGCGACAGCAUUUCAAGUGAAUUGGCCGGAAUUGCUCCCAACCAAGAAUGAUAGUCGCAUCGGGAAAAGUGUCAACAGCACUGGCAUUUGCCAGACGCCUGCUUUCCACAUCCACCAACGUCACGAUCCCACUACAAUCAACUAUAACAAACCGGAAGUCGACUCCCACGGCAGGCCUAAGAAGAAGCCAACAACGGCGUCUGAUCCUGGUCACGCGAGAUCGCGACGCGCGGCCGCCGCCGCGGCAGCCGCCAGCCUUCGUUUCCAGCGGAAGUACAGUAACAUGCUGGUGAUUAACGACCUCGAUGAGCAUCGAGCCCAUGACCUCUGCGGGUCUACUUCCUCUGCCGGGCCAAACUUCUUGAAUCCGAAGGACGGCUUUUUCUGUGAGAUGCAGACAAAGACUGUUUACCCAGUGUGUACUGCACAGAACCACACCAGUGCCUGCUUCGACACAGAACAGGGGCAGCUCGGUAAGAUGUCCACCAGAGUCUUUGCUUUGAACUUUCAAUUUCCCGACGGAAAACUUCCGAUCUCCACCGCCGCAACAACACGAACUUCCUCUUGCUAA